UUCAAUUCCAAGAGAAUAGUAUUGUUUAGGACAUGGAGCAAGUGUGCCUUUUCUCUGAAUGCUUUGGGUAUCGAGCUUUUUCAUUUCAGGAAGUUCUUGAUUGGCGAUUCCUCAUCCGUAGAAAUUUCCUUCUUGUUUCCUUUGUCAAUUGCACAUAGUGAACAGCUCCUCUUGACUGUUCAGUACAGGAGGCAAUUUGCAAUUUCCAUAUAAGCUAGUGUGUUGGAUGUUUAAUGCAAUUCCUCUAGUAAGCAGCACACCGUAUGAUGUCAGUUGUGACUGUACUGUUAACUACCUCGUGCAAAUUUGUUUUUUCUA